AGUCGUUACUGGUUACACGAUAGGCCGUCGCGUUAAAUAUUUUUUUAACUUGGUGAAUUAUGAGAAUAUCAACAAUCGUUUCAAUUUCAUUCUUCCUGUGCUGUUUGAAAUUUUUGUUUGCUGCAGAGAAACAUCGGACCGUAAAAACCAGUCGACCGAUCAUAGGAAUUCUAUCUCAGUCUACUCGAGAAAGCUAUUAUGAAUCAUUCGGCAAAGACUCGUUGCACAUUGUGGCGUCUUAUGUGAAAUUUCUUGAGUCAUCUGGUGCUCGAGUUGUUCCUAUAAGAACCGAUGUGGGGGAAGAGGAGUUGACAAAGUUGUACAGAUCCAUCAACGGUCUCCUCUUACCUGGUGGCCGCCAGACGAAAGCUUCCAGUUAUUACAAUGCAUCAAAGACAUUGCUAGAACUGGCUGUGCAAACAAAUGAUGGAGGUGGUUAUUUUCCUGUCUUAGGAAUAUGUCUGGGGCAUCAAGUUUUGACUCUCUGGAUAAGCGGAGUUCGGGACAGGUGCAUAACUGCGAUGAAAAUGCAAGAUUCAGUGAGGCCACUAAAUUUAUCUUCAGGGUGUUGUCGAGGAAGCAAAAUGAUAGGAAGUAUUCCUACGCCAUUGUUAAAGUCAAAUCCGACAAUUGCAACAUAUCACGCUCAUGACUUCUCUUGUUCGUUGCAAAAAUUUCUAGCCAGUGAAAGGCUGACAAAUUUUUUCAGAGUGUUGAGCACAAAUAUUGACGACGAAGGUAUGGAAUUCGUGUCAACAAUGGAAGCAAAACGGUAUCCUUUCUAUUCGAUGCAAUGGCAUCCCGAAAAGUCUGCAUUCGAGUGGAAUCCCGGGAAAAAAAUCCCGCACGAUGCAACGACUAUCGAAUUCAACUACUUUAUUUCGAAGUUUAUGGUCAAUGAAGCAAAGUUAAAUGAUCAUUCUUUCGAAUCUGAGACAACUGAACAAAAUGCCUUGAUUUACAAUUACUGUCCAGUCUACACGGGUCGAAACUAUUCGUACGAAGCUGAGCAAAUAUAUAUAUUGUAAUUUUAAAAUGCACGCAGUUUCAGUUUCAACUAUUCAUAUUUGUAAAAAAAAUGUCUUGUGUUC